AUGUUUUCACAAGCUCAUGUAGUUGCUCUUGGGCUGAUAGCCUCAAGAUGGGUGCUCGCAGCCACACAAGGACAAGGAGGACCAUGCGACAUCUACUCAGCCGGAGGGACGCCCUGCGUCGCUGCACACAGCACCACACGUGCCCUCUACAAAAACUUCAACAGCGCACUCUACCAGGUGAAGCGUGGUUCUGACGGCGCCACCUCCAACAUCCCGCCGCUGUCGCCAGGCGGAACAGCCAACGCCGCCGCCCAGGACUCCUUUUGCGCAAACACAACGUGCCUCAUCAGCAUCAUCUACGACCAGUCCGGCCGGGGCAAUCACCUCACGCAGGCUCCGCCCGGCGGUGCGGCAAGCGGCCCGGAUGUCGACGGCUACGAUUACCUCGCCAGCGCGGUGGGCGCCCCCGUCACGAUGAAUGGGAAGAAGGCGUAUGGCGUCUUCAUCCCCCCGUUUACGGGGUACCGCAACAACAACGCCAAGGGGAUUGCCACCGGCGAUGAGCCCGAGGGCAUGUAUGCCGUGUUCGACGGGACCCACUACAACACCGGGUGCUGCUUCGACUAUGGAAACGCCGAGACGAAUAGUCGUGAUACCGGCAAUGGCCACAUGGAGGCGAUUUACUUUGGCACGGGUGAUGGGUCUGGUCGUGGAACUGGCUCUGGCAGCGGGCCUUGGAUCAUGGCUGAUCUUGAGAACGGCCUCUUCUCAGGACAUGAUCCCAUUAACAACCCUGCCGACCCGACCAUCACGUCUCGCUUCGUUACCGCCAUAGUCAAGGGAAAGCCAAACCUGUGGGCAAUCCGAGGCGGUAAUUCUGUCUCCGGCCCUCUAUCAACUUACUACAAUGGCAUCCGUCCCGCCAACGGGUACAACCCCAUGAGCAAAGAGGGUGCCAUCCUGCUCGGCAUAGGCGGCGACAACAGCAACCGCGCCCAGGGCACAUUCUACGAAGGCGUCAUGACAUCCGGCUACCCAUCAGACGCCACCGAAAACGCAGUCCAGGCCAACAUCGUCGCCGCCAAAUACGCAACCACCUCCCUCACCAGUGGUCCGCCAUUGCGCGCCGGCGCCUCCAUCUCCCUUCGCGCCACCACAUCCUGCUGCACGAACCGGUACCUCACGCACACGGGCGCCGUGGUGAACACCCAGGUCGUGACGUCGUCCAGCAGCGAUAUCCUUAAGCAGGAAGCCAGCUGGACAGUUCGCACUGGCCUGGGCAACAGCGCGUGUUUCUCGUUUGAGAGCCACGACUCGCCGGGUAGCUUUGUUAGACACUCGAAUUACGAGCUGGUUGUGAAUGCGAAUGAUGGGUCGAAGCUGUUUGCGGAGGAUGCGACCUUUUGUCCGCAGGCUGCGCUGAAUGGGCAGGGGAACUCGAUUCGCUCGUGGAGUUAUCCGACGCGGUAUUGGAGGCAUUAUAAUGGGUUGGGGUAUAUUGCUAGCAAUGGGGGGCCGCAUAACUUUGACUCGCCGAGUGUGUUUAACGAUGAUGUUAGUUGGGUGAUUAGUGCUGGGUUUGCCUGA